UGCCUCCCCCUGCUGUUCGCUAUCUUCACCUCCUCUCUCUAUCACCAUCUGACGAGAAAGUUUAGGUUCAAAGUCUGGGUCCAAAAUUCUUUAGUUAUUAGCGAAGUUUAUUUAUUGUUAAGUUGCUGUUUACAUAAUAAGUUUUUCAAAAUGUCUAAUAGCAAAAUGUUCAACGCACUGAAGAUUCUAAAACGGCGUAAUAAUGUGAACUUUUUAAACAGGCUGCAUAACAGGAACUUUGCGGCCGCUGCAGCUUCACAAGUCCACACAAAAUGUAAAUUGGUCAAUGGAGUUUAUGUUGUUACUUUGGAUUCGCCUAAUGUUAAAGUUAACUCAUUAAAUGAAGCUGUUAUGAAUGAGGUUUCAAGUAUAGUGAACGAAAUUGAAUCAAACCCAGCAAUCGAGGCGGCGGUUUUCAUAUCAGGAAAACCAGGAUGUUUCAUAGCUGGUGCUGAUAUAACUAUGAUAGAAAGCUGUAAAACUAAAGAAGAAGUUGCUAAACUCUCCAGAAAUGGUCAUGAAAUAUUUAAGAAGAUUGAAAAUUCGCGGAAGCCUUUUAUAGCUGCCAUUCAAGGAAGCUGUCUUGGAGGAGGCUUAGAGACAGCACUAGCAUGUAAAUACAGAAUCGCUGUUAAAGAUGGAAAGACAGCAUUUGGUCUUCCUGAAGUAAUGUUAGGUCUCUUACCUGGAGGUGGUGGUACACAGAGAAUGCCAGCACUAACUUCCAUUCCAACAACUUUGGACUUAGCUCUCACUGGGAAAACAGUCAAAGCUGAUAAGGCAAAGAAACUUGGUAUUGUAGACCUGUUAGUUUCCCCACUUGGACCAGGUCUUGGUCAGCCAGAAAAAAAUACAAUGCAGUACUUGGAAAAUGUUGCUAUUCAAAUAGCAAAAGACAUUGCCUCAGGCAAAAUAAAGGUUGACAGGAGCAAGAAAGGAUUAGUUGAAAAAGUAACUGCGAUGGCGAUGCAGUGGGACUUUGUGAAGAACUUUGUUUUCAACAAAGCUAAGGAACAAGUGAUGAAGGCAUCACGUGGUUUAUACCCUGCUCCGCUUAAGAUUCUUGAAGUAGUUAGAACAGGCGUGGACAAAGGUCAAACGGCAGGCUACGAAGCAGAGAUCCAGGGUUUCGCGGAACUUGCAAUGACACCACAGAGCAAGGGUCUUAUCGGCCUUUUCAGAGGUCAAACGGAGUGCAAAAAGAACAGGUUCGGCAAGUCACAAGUAGAUGUUAAAAAGAUAGGCGUCCUCGGUGCAGGUUUGAUGGGUGCGGGCAUCGUGCAGGUGUCCAUCGACAAGGGCUACAACGUUGUGAUGAAGGACGCCACCAACGCUGGCCUUUACCGCGGCGUCGGACAAAUACAGAACGGCCUUGUCAACGCUGUCAAGCGAAAGAGGGUCUCUGCCCUACAAAAAGACAAAUUUUUAUCGAACCUGUUGCCAACACUGGACUACAGCAAGUUCAAUAACGCCGACUGCGUGAUCGAGGCAGUGUUUGAGGACAUCAACAUUAAGCACAAAGUGAUCAAGGAGCUCGAAGCGGUGGUGCCUAAGCACUGCGUGAUAGCAACGAACACUAGUGCCAUACCGAUCACCAAGAUAGCAGCCGGCAGCAGCCGUCCCGAUAAAGUUAUUGGCAUGCACUACUUCUCGCCGGUCGACAAGAUGAUGUUGCUGGAGAUCAUCCGGCACCCUGGAACCAGCGAUGACACGGCGGCAGCGGCCGUUGCUGUGGGGUUACGGCAAGGCAAGGUGGUCAUCACCGUGGGUGACGGGCCUGGGUUCUACACCACGCGCAUCCUCUCCACCAUGCUUAGCGAGGCCGUGAGGCUGCUGCAAGAAGGAGUCGAUCCGAAAGAUCUCGACAAUAUGACGAAGCAGUUCGGCUUCCCCGUAGGCGCUGCGACACUGGCCGAUGAAGUCGGUAUCGAUGUAGGAUCGCACAUUGCUGUCGACUUGGCUAAGGCCUUCGGCGAACGUAUCAGUGGUGGAGACUUGAAUAUUAUGCAAGAUUUAGUCAAAGCCGGCUUCAUGGGUAGGAAAUCCGGCAAAGGUUUCUACAUCUACGAAAAGGGCACUAAGAACAGAGAUGUAAACCAAGAGGCUGUGCAGCUGUUGAAGGAUAAAUACUCCCUAGAACCACGUGGUGCUAACACUGUUGAAGACCAACAACUAAGGAUGGUGUCCAGAUUUGUUAAUGAAGCAGUAUUAUCUCUAGAAGAGAAAAUCUUGCACAGUCCUCUGGAAGGCGAUGUAGGGGCUGUAUUCGGACUGGGCUUCCCACCAUUCACUGGUGGACCAUUCAGGUGGGUUGACCAGUUUGGUGCUGACAAGCUUGUUAAGAAAAUGGAAGAAUACCAGGGACUGUAUGGCGCACCAUUUAAACCAGCACAAACUCUCGUCGAUAUGGCCAAAGAUAGCAGCAAGAAAUUCCAUAAGAAUUAGCACUACAAACUUGUUGUCAAAAGGUUUUCCUACUACAGCUCUUCCAUGAGUAAUAUACUGCCUUUUUUUUGUUUCGUGAGAAUAUUGUAUUCAGUAUACUUCACUUUGAUAUCAUUGAUGGUUACAAAGUUGACAUUAACUUUACAAAAUAUGAUAUUGUUAGUAAUAAGAGCAGAUAAAGUAUGUUAAAAGAGUGCUUGAUUAGUGAAGAUGAAUGUCAAUUUUUGUAGGUACGUAUUUAUUUAGAUAUAAGAAAAAAAUGUAUAUUUUACUACACAAUUUAUUGCUGAGAAUGUUUUAAAGAUUUAUAAUAUGCGUUUUGUUUUUUCCCAUUGCUGAAUAAAUAUUGGUUCAAUAAAAUAUUUAUUGUAACCGG